UUGCUCUCUAACCGGAAAUAGCCGUUGUAAAGUCAGUCUGAAGCUAGCAUGAAUGUCCGGGCUUUCCCGUUACUCUCUGGGUCCUAAAGCCCGCCCAGAAAAAGCCCGGUUUCUUGCAGAUUGUCCAUAUCCGAUAGUUUGGUGAUCUCAUGAUUGCUGCUUUCAAAUACAGGCGCGGCAGACAGGUUUUAAUGUGACUUCAAGAAGUGGGAAAACAAGUGAUGUUUGAAAUCUUGUGGUGCAAACAUAUUGCAUAUGAAAAUAGCGAUGUUUGUUCAGAGAACAUAAAGCAGAAAAUUAGUUGUAAUGGAUUCUCAAGUGAAUUACUCAGUGUCUGAAAUGAAACGGAACUUUGCAAAGACAUUUCUCCACAAUCAUAGUGAAGCUGAUGUGGAAACAAAGGAAGAUCUGAGAAGAAAACUCCAUCAAGCCAAGAAAGAGAAACUUGACAUAACUGCUAAACAUAAUGCAGAGCUAUCAAACUAUGAAAGCCAGAUUGCAAAACUGCGAGCGGAAGUUGAGAAGGGUGAAGCUGUCCGACAAAGCCUGGAGUAUGAAUUAGCUGUAGCAAGGAAAGAAGUUGGCAUAGAACGGUAUUCAUCAGAAGAAAAAUUGGGCGGAGCAAACAAACAAAUAGAACAGCUGCAAGAAACCAUCAGAGCUCUUCAGCAGAAAUUGAAUGAGGCGGAGAAAACAUUUCACAUCAAUAAGUGUCAAUGGGAUGAAAAACAGAGAAGAUUUAUCAAUGAGUUAUCAGAAAAAGAGCUGAUUAUUGGUACCUGCCAUGCUGAAUACGAAACCCUUUUGAAGGAAAGGAUGAGAUUGGAUGAUAUUCUGAAGGAGACCUUGGAAUGCCAGAAGGAACAGAAGAAUGUGAUAGAGUCAGAGAUCAUAAAAGUGGCAGAAGAAGAGUUUAGGUGUCAGGCAGAACACUGGAAAUCAGAAAGAAGCGAACUCCAAUUUUUAUUGCAGGAAAGCACCAGCACGGUGCAGAAUGUCCACAAAAAAAUGCAAGAGCUAGAAAGAGAACACAGUAGCUGUUCGGAAGCCUUGAAGCGACAGGCCAGCGAACUUCAGUUCGGCGCUGAGAGGGAGGCUCGACUUAGGAAAGAACUUGAGCUAGCUAUGGCCAGAGUAAAAAAACUGGAGGAAAACAUUGAGGCCGAGAGGGCGGCACAUCUGGAAUCCAAAUUUAAUUCUGAAAUAAUUCAGUUGCGGAUCCGAGACCUUGAAGGAGCUUUGCAAGUGGAGAAGGCCAGCCAAGCAGAAGCAGUUUCUGACCUGGAAAUGUUCAAAGGCAAAUUUAGAGAGGUGGAAAAUGCCUAUGAGAGAGAGAAGCGAAAUGCUCAUGACAGCCUGGAAAAAUUCGACAUGUUAGAAAGGGAGUAUCUAGCUGCAAACAAACAUCUAAACGAAGAGAUAGAAGAAAAGAAGAAAGUAAUUAAAGACCUCUCUGAGACACUCCAGGAUAAUGAAAAAAGUUACAAAGAAUUACAGGCUGAACUUUUCUUGACCAGGAAACGUCAGGCCUUCCUAGCAGAGACAUGUGAAAACAAUGUGAGAGAGCUGGAGUCACUUCUGGACUGCUUUACUGUGUCAAGCCAGUGGACAGCAGGCAUUCACAAGGACAAAGAUAAACCUCCCAGCUUCACUCUUGUCUUUGAGACUUUGAGGUGUACCUUGACAGAUUACCAGAACAAGCAGGAAGAGGCAUCUAAUGAGCUGGAGAAAAUAACAGUUCUUUCUGAGAAGAUGGCAAAAGAACUUGAGGCUUCCCAGAACCAGCUAAGAUCUCAAACUCAGGAACUUCAGGUAACACAUGACAGUCUCACUGGUACCAAGAAGGAGUUAAAUAAUCUGCAAACUAAGUGUGCAGACAGAGAAUCCUUAAUAGCUACAUUAAAAAUGGAACUACAAAACGUAUUGCAUUGCUUGGAGAAAGAGAAAGCGUGUUGUACAGAAUAUAAAAAUGAAAUUCAGAAACUCACACAGGCUUAUGAGAAGGAUACAGAGGAGAAGCUAACUUUCCUCCAUACUUUAUACCAGCACUUGGUAGCAGGCUGCGUUCUUAUAAAGAAAUCAGAAGGCAUCCUGGAUAAAUUCUCCUGGUCAGAGCUUUGCACAGUCUUGCAAGAAAAUGUUGAUACCCUGAUCUUAGACCUCAACAAGGCUAAUGAGAAGGUAUCACACCUUGAAUAUGUUUGUAAAAAUAAGUCAGAUACAAUGAAGGAGAUUCAGCAGACCCAAGAAGACACUUUGAAGAAAUUUGCAGAACAGAUGAAAGCUCAAGAAAGCUGUUGGUUAAAGCAGAAGAACGACUUGGAACAGCAAUAUUCUGGACUCCUUGGGGAAGUUCACACCAGGGCUCAGAAAUACCAAGACAUGGCAGAAAAAGCCAAAGACAAAUUCUCUGCUAUUGAAAAAGUCCAAGAGCAAUUACUCCUUGAGAAUUCACACCUUAAAGCCUUGUUGACGCAGACGCAGAAAGAACACAGAUCUCUGCUAGCCGCUUGUGCGCUGCUCGCUGGAGCACUCUAUCCCCUCUACGGUAGGUCCUGUGCCCUAUCGACCCAGAGGGAUGUUCUUCAGGAUCAGGUCAACACCUGUGACAUUUUCAAGCAAGAAAUCAGAACACUGGCCAGUGCAUUGUGUGAAACGGAAGAGAGGAAGCAAAGCAACAGCAAGUUGAAGAAGAAAAAGCAUUCCAGAAGCUGGAUACAUCUUUUCCGCAAAAGUGUUAUUGCAGUCCUGGCUGCCCACAGGCUUCAGAUUUUAGGCCAAUCAUGCAACUCCCUUUUCUCCUGGGUAGAUGAUGUCAGAGAAGGCAUAGGAAUCCCUGUCUGCAUUGGAGAUUCCAAGGAUGUGCACAAUCUGUCAAGACAACAAAAGGAGCAGAUUCGUUGCCUUCAAGCAUUCAGUUGGUUUACCAGUUGUGAACUUCUUACUGCAGUCCUUAGUUCUAUGGCUGAGCUACAAGAAGUAAUUAGCAAGGCAGAUAUGAAAUCCUGGCUUUCAGGACACUUGCUCACCAACGCAGCAAGGAAUUCAUUUUCAAAACUUAUGGAGAAACUUUGCACCGUGAUGGAAGUUACUCCAGUGGACAGCAGCCGGAGUAUGACUUAUGCAGAGAAAGACUCCUUGGUUCAAAGACUGGCUCGUGGACUCCAUAAAAUAAACGCACAGACCCUCGAAGCACGCAUAACUGACAGGACCCCUGCUACGAAAACCAUAGCAUCCUUGCAGAAGCAGAUAUUUGAAUUUACACAAAGGCUGCACACAGCAGAGGUAGAACGGCGGUCAUUGCGGUUGGAGCUCACAGAAUUCAAACGGAAUUUGAAUGAGAUGAAGAAAGAGGCUGACAAAGCCCAUAGUUUGCAAGAGCAAUUAUAUGUGUUUAAGCAAUCUAAAUUGAUCACCCACGAGAGGUUUGAAAGUGCAUGUGAAGAACUAAAUAAUGCAUUACUCCGGGAGCAGCAGGCACAAAUGCUUUUGAAGGAACAGGCGCAGCAGCUCCAGGAGUUGCAAUUUAAACUGGAAUUGCAUUCUUCGGAAGAGGCAGACAAAAACCAAACUCUCAGUGACGCUGUAAAGAGUCUCUCCGAGGCAAAGAUGGAGCUGAGGAGAAAAGAUCAAUCUCUGCGUCAGCUCAAUAGACAUCUUACCCAGCUGGAGCAGGACAAGCGUCGACUGGAACAGAGCAUCCACGAUGCGGAGAGUGCCCUCCGCAUGGCAGCCAAAGACAAAGAAUUAAUUGUUAGUCAUAUGAAAUCAGUGGAAUCUAUCUUUCAAAAUGUCAGAGAUCAGAUCUCGCUGUCAUGGACUACAGCAAGCAGGAAUGACUUCGCCCUGCAGCUGCCUAAGCUGCACCUGGAGACGUUUGCAAUGGAAGGGCUGAAAGGCAGGCCAGAGGUUACAGCAUUCCAGGCGAUGAUUAUAGGUUUCAUAGAUGUCUAUCAGUUUGCAUGCUCCAGAGUCUCUGCAUUAGAACGAGAAAUAACAUCCCAUCGGCAUCACAUUGCAACCCUGAAAUCAGAACUUCAAACUGCUUGUCUUCGUGAAAAUGAAAGCUUACACUCAGAUUCACGAAAUGCUUCAAGCAUCCUUACUGUGUCAAGCUCUUUACCCCAGCUAGAUCAAGGCUGUCUUCCAGGAUUUUUGCCACUAAAGUCCGACUCAGAUUAUGAUCUGCCUUUUACCUUGGCACAUAAUAGACCUCCAAUCUCAUCAUCCUUUCCUUCAAACCUACAUGUCACGUCUGCCAAAAGAGCAAUGCCAAAUGGAUGUUAGAAUCUAGUCAUUUUGUAAGCAGCUGAAAGAGAAUUAAUUAAAGUCCGAUUUUAUUAGGAUGUUCUUAGCCUUUGAAUUGAAGUUUGCUCUCUAUGCAUUUCUAUGGCAUUAAUUUUAUAUUCUUCACCAGAGGAAGGAGGGGGCCAUGUUCCUAUGUGCUGCAUAUCCCAUGCCCAGCGUAACAGAAGGGUCAUUUUAAAAAAAAAAAAACGAAAAACUUUUUAUUUAUCAUAGUAGCUCAUUUUUAUGUAAUAUAUUUUUAAAUGUUAAAGAAUGACACAUUUGGGGUAAUUUUCCUCAGACUUUAAAAAAAAAUCAAUAAGCCAUUUUAUUCUCUAUCUAUCAAAGUUGUUUCAUACUUGUCUAUUUUAAAACAGGGCUGCAAUACUUUAAUAGGAUUGAGAGAGCUAUUUGAAAUGUAUGCCAAUGAUUCCUGUCAUUUCAUGGCAGCCCUGCCAUGGUUCACUGAGCCCUCUCUUCUCUCUUGUCAGCUCAACUGAAGACAAGCAUUUAGUUGCAAACUUUAAGCAGGUUGUGCAAAACAGAAAUGAUGUGACUGCUUCUCCUCCUGCACAAUUAUGUCACUCCUGGUCAAUGUGAGAAGGUCAGGUUGCCCCUUGUAAAGCUACAUGAUACCACUUGCCCAUUUGAACAAGUUAAGUGCAGAAUCCGGUCCCUGACGGCCCCCUUUUUAUCAAGUCUGCAUUUGAUCAGGAAGUAAAAACAAUGGUGUAAGGAGAUUUGGAGAGGAUGUGAUUAUGUGCUUUCAUAAGGGCAGUUCUCCAGCCAGCAUUGCAGGUAAUAAAUUUAGUCCGAGUUUCAAGACUUUAAAGUAAUGGCUGCUCUGACCUUCAAAAAUAAGCUCCUUUCUUUGUUGUGUUGUUGUUGGUAGGACCCAAGAGUGACGCCCAUCUUUGAUGCUGACAGAAUUUAAAACAAGGCCAUUGCCCUGCAUUUUCUGCCUUGUAGCACACAAAAGUAAAAUUGUAUGUCAGGCCAAGAUGUCGGGGAGCUGACAAGAUGCCCCAGUGACAUUUCAGCUGGAAAGAGCAAGUGUCUUGCAACCAAGUGGUCAAAUAUCAAAUAAUAGGUCAAGCAGGAAGGAGCUGAGUUCUAACCACAAAGAGGUUUCUGGUAACUUACUUGACAAGCUUUUGGGCGCUUUGUGGCUUGACAAAGUGAUAUUCUGUUGGGUAUCGCUAGACAGUCUGUUCUUUAUUGCCUUCAGAAGAUCAGACAUUGACAUUGAUUAAACUCUUUAACCCUUAAAGGUUAAAUUCUGGCUGUACGCAUCAUUGUGAAGAAAGAACAAAAGAAAUUUUGUAAUAUAUACCAUUUGUUAUGGUAUUAAUCACCCCUACUCCCCAGCGCCAUUAACAUUUGAUGUGUGAUGUAGUUUUUGACAGGGUUAUUGAAUGCAAAAUCUAUAUGUUAGAUUGCUUCUCAUUAUAGAUCAGAGAUACAUUAGAAAAAUAACAUUGUGCUUGGUGGAAUUUGUAAUUUCUCAUGCUUUGAUAAGAGUAGGGUUUGAUUCCAUAAACCUGACUGCUAACAUUUGUCUUUGUCCUAUCAUCCCAGAAGACAUAAAUUUGCAUAUGUAAUACACCUACCACUCUCAGUAAAAUCAUGUAAAUUCCUGACUGGUAAUUCCAAAGCCACUCCGUGGAACUUUGAAAUUUUUUCAAGUAUUUCUUAUUUUAAGUUUUCAAGAGGGUUUUCAUGCCUGCAGUUGCAACUGUGCUCAUUUAAAAACGAGCAAAUCAUUUUUGUAAGAGGUACUCUCUUCAUAGCAUGUUAUCUCUGGUUUAUUUAAGACAAUAUUUUUUUUUUCCUUCUGACUAUUUCUACCAAGAGAAAAACCGGAAAAAAAGUAACAUGUGUUAUUCCAAUCAGAGAUUGCUUAUCUUUUCCAUAUGAAAUUUUAGCAUGCUUUGUUUUGUGCUGUUUUUUGUUUUUUUUUAAUCACAGUACACACUUAGGCUUUUUAAAAAGAGAGAUAAGAUGGAAAUCUGAUGAUUUGCGUAUCAGCUGUAUAAUAAGUCACAGUUUGAGAUUAAAAUCAACAUAAAUAAUUUAAACAUUAUUGGUUUUAGAGAAUUGGAACAGAUCUGAUUUGAUUUUUUUUUUUAGUUACAGAGCACUGGAAAUUCAUAAAGGAAUGUAUAGAUAGAUCUACCUUUUACAAGCAAUGAGUCUUAAUGUUUUUAAACAGAGAGUUUUCAAAGCAGGCUGAUCACAGCUAAUAUUAUCUGGAAGUAGUUACGGCUACAUUACAGAGCAGAUAUGAGAGCAGCAAUCUUAGAUCUUUUUAUCUCAACAUUUCCCAAGGAAACAGUAUAUACCUACCCAGAGUAAAAUUUGUUCCCAUUGCUUUAUUCCCUGCUGCUCACAGCCAUGUUUUCUUACCAAAUUAGAAUUUGCACAGUUCUGCUUAUAUUUGCUAUUUAUACAAAAUAUACCUGUAUUCAUGAAUUCAUGUAUAAAAUUCUCUCUCCCAAUAUUUUUCCUCUUUUCUGAUCUCAGCAUUCUGAUCAACAUUCAGGAGGGGCACUUGUGUUUGUGUGUGCGCGUAGAGGUCAAGCUUUAUUAGCUCCACAUUUAGAAAUCUAAUUAAUUACAACUGUAGCCAAUGUAAUGAAAUCACAAUUCUAUCAUCAAACUUCCCUUAAUCCAUGACAUGCUUAGAUGUUUAUACCGUCAGUGAUGAUAUUCAGAACUUAUCAACCCUGUGAAUAGAAAACACAUGUAAAAUUAUUAAAUGAACCACUACUAGAUGUCACUGCACAGAGAAAUAUUCAGGCAAGUAGAGGAAUCAGGUCCACAGAAUCUGACAGUUUGGCUUAAAUAACAAAUAACAGUUUGGCGUGUCACAACAGCAUAACAUAAGCGCUAUAGCUUUUCCAUUAUGAUAUCAGGAGCAUGUGCAAAAAGUGGCAGAGCCUACAGCAUGAGACUUAUUUUGUCCAUUUCCUCAGAUAUAUAUUCUCCUCAUGCCUUCAAGAUGAAUACGGGUAUAUAUUUAAUUCUGCUUGUGGAGAUUUUGAUGCUCUUUCAACUCUUAGUAUCUCAGGUCUAACUGCUACAAGAGACGUGUCUCUAUGGUGUACUUUCAAGAAAUCUUGCUAACCAAUAGUAAAUUAUUGCAUUUCGUUUCUUCAUUGCCCAUGUUAGCUUGUACAGUGUAUCAAAUGAAUGGCACAGUAUAAUGACUUGGCACAUCCCCCUGUUUGCAUUGGCUGUUUGAUACUGAGAUAAAGCCGAAAUGAAAAUACUCAUCCAAUCUUUUUGUCAAGAAAAGCAUUUCCUUGUCUUGUCAGGUUUUUUUCUUCUUUGUGACAGUAGCAUAACUUAUAUGCUCUAUCAUCCAAAGAUAGGUUACAUUUUUAAAAAGUAUAUAAAGCAGAUUUACAAACACUUUUUAAUGAAAUUUUGUUCUGGCCAUUUCAGUGGACAUUUUUUCUUCAUGUAUUACGUAAUUAAUAGUACUUACGUAAAUUAUAUACAAUGUGAAGAUGAAAAAUGAUAUAUUUUUACAAAGAAGCAUUCGUUUUUCAAAGUUGUACUUAACGCACUCCACCAAAACGAACCCAGUUAAGUUUUAAUAAUUGAAAUUGAACAAGAGUUAUAUCUAACGUCUAAGCUCAUUCUAUAUCCAGUUUAUCUACCUACUACAAAACAAGUAAUGGAACAUGUUUUUGAAGCCUUCUCAGCCACAGCUUCCAUAAAAUCUGUUAAUAUCAUGGCUCUAUUUUAUGUCAACUGGCGUGGCCCAACUGACAUCAUUGUAAUAUUUACUAGAAUUUUCAGAACAUUUUUAAAAAUAUUUUGAAAUUAACAUCCCUAUUUUAGUUGACAAUAACCUCUCCAUACCUUUAUUUAAUUUUUAGGUUUGAGCUACAUAAGAUUUUAACCUAAAAGGCUUUGCAUUUUGAGGAGCUCCUUAACUUUCUAUUGAAAUUACAAACACACAUAGUAAAGAAACAAAUAUUAUUGUAUGUCCCAACAUGGCAGUGUAUUAGCACCACGUGAAUUGUAAAUUUGGGGGCUGAUGAAGGAAAGUAAGCAGAAUGGAAGAGCAUUUUAAGGAAGUAGAUUUGACCAUAUUAUACCUCUACCAAUCUUAGCAGUGUAUUAGGUUGGAUUUAGCACAAAAGUAGGCUUGAAAUAAAGUAAUUUUUAUUCUAA